AUGGAGUUGUUCAAUUUUAAACCUCAAUACCAGCCUGUGGCCAGCAACAAUUCCCCGCCGCCCGGGGUGCUGUCCAGCCUGAGGCAGUAUCCGCUAAGCAACUACAUAGUUUUACUCGCUAUCGCUGCGGUGUCUGCCGGGAUAGGAGCGUUGAUUGGAAGGUCACCUCUUGGCUGUGGGAGCUGUGUCCAAUACUCAAACCGUAAGUAUACAUCAUCGGACCCUACCCUCCAUCUACUUCGAUUGGCACAUGUUGCAGAAGCUCAUCCUUCUUUGGCAGCUGAAAUUUCGCUGGGCACCAUCAAGGAAAUCUUUACCUAUAAUCGGACUUUUGGUGAAGACCCACGAAUAGAUAACGGCACACUGGCAGCCUGGGACUCCCUUGUUCCAAUCGGCCAAGGCACAGUACGUUUUCCUGCAGGGAGCAAGAAGAUCUAUACCUUGUCUGUCGUGCACCAACUACAUUGCCUGUGGUCCAUCCACCAGAGCUACUACGGGGCCUUGCAGUCGCGUCGUCGCGGCGAUGAACAGCAGCACAACCACAUCGGUCCCCAUAUGCGGCACUGCUUCGAUUACCUGCGUCAGGGGCUGAUGUGUGCCGCCGAUUCAACCUUGGAGCCUGUCGAUACGAGGCUAGGUGGAGUUACCGGAUGGGGGAAUGAACGGGUGUGCAGAGACUACACAGCUCUGAAGGAUUGGGCCGAACAACGACGAGCGAGUAAUAGCAAGGGCUUCUCAGACUAGCGACCAGCAGGUCAGUAGUCUAGAUUGAUCUGCCAGGCAUGUUUCCAAAUUUUCUCGUUAAAAGAAGUCUUAUCAGCUGCGUAUAAGGAAAUAUCUUUUGGGUAUACGCUGCGAAAGUCAAGAUGUAUAAAUAUAGAACAAGCAUCGGGGGUGGAACGAUGGGCGUUUUCUGUAUGCGCCCACCCUGCAGCGUAGUCCUUUAGAGGCC